AUGGCUGAAGUGAAGACUCUUGUUCACCUUCGUGGGCAAGCGAAGGCCAAAGUGACGAGGAUCCGGAAGGCCGUUGAAGAAGCAUAUGGAGCUGGAGCAAGGCAAUUGAGUAUGGUGCAGCUGAAAGUCUUCACACGCAAUUUGGAAAUGCACUACCAGGAGUAUUGUGAUAUUCAUCGGCAAAUCGUCGCUUUGACUCCCGCCGAAAAACUAGUGGACCAGGAUGAAACGUACAUCCUAUUCGAAGACCAACACAACGAGGUUUGCAUGUUGGUCGAAACAUUAAUCCAGUUGAUGACCGAGCCGCAACCUCGUCCGAUGCCAUCGUCCCAGCGAGAAGGGAUUCCUCGCAUCAUCGUACAGCAGCAACCACUCAAGGCUCCCAUUCCCACCUUCGAUGGUAAACCCGAGAACUGGCCACGUUUCAAGGCCAUGUUUCUCGACGUCAUGAGAACAUCCACCGAUUCCGACGCCAUCAAACUUUACCACCUUGAUAAAGCGUUGAUUGGUAAUGCCGCUGGAAUCAUCGACGUCUGCACCUUGAACGAGAAUAAUUAUGCCGGAGCAUGGGAGCUGCUGGAAGAACGUUUUGAAAACAAGCGGCUCAUCGUAGACACACACAUCCUGGGGCUGCUUAGCCUGAAGAAAAUGAACCGAACAAGUGCCAAGGAUCUUCGGGAAUUAGUCGACGAAGUAUCCCGACACAUCGAUGGAUUGAAGCUCAUGGAUGAAGUGAUGAACGGUAUGUCGGAGCGUUUCGUUGUCAACCUCUUGGCAACAGCUCUGGAUGCCAAAACCCGGAUGGAAUGGGAAUCAACCGUUCCCCACAAGCAAAUUCCCACGUACAAGGACACGAUGGAGUUCCUAAAGAAGCGCUGCGCAAUCCGGGAGCGGUGCGAGGAUGCGAUCGUGAAGCCGCCCGUUACGAAGCCAUCUGUACCAAGCAAGAAUCAAGUGAAGAGCAUCUCUACCAAAGCUUUUGCUGUCACCGGAAAGGAGUCCUGUGACGUGUGUGGAACUGGAGCCCACCCGAACUUCAAGUGCGAGAUCUUCCGAGCGAUGACCGUCGUGCAACGCCAAGCCAAGUCUGCCUUGAAAUCGAAUGUCCCAAAUGUGCAAUAUCAAUCUGUUCCCAAGGAAUCCCAGUCCAAUAGUGCAGUCUCGCGUUCACUGAAGCAACCCCCACGUCUGAGUCAUAGUUUGUUGAUGACCGCUAGGGUUCAGAUUAAGGAUUCGGAUGGAAAUCUGAAAUACUGUCGAGCAUUUUUGGAUUGUGGUUCCCAGGCUCACCUUACUUCUCGUAGUCUGGUUAAGUCUUUGAAUCUACCCCGUUUCUCCACUAACGUUGAGGUAGUCGGAGCAAAUGGUCAGCGUUCAACGCUAUCUGAGAUGGUAAGAAUUGAGAUACGUUCUUGUAAUUCUAACUAUGCUGCGCAACUUGAGUGUCUUGUUGCUGACAAAGUUACUGGCCCUAUGCCAUCUGUUCCAUUUGAUAUAAGGAAGUGGAACAUCCCUCCGAAUCUUCCACUUGCAGAUCCUGAAUUUCAUAUUCCUGGUGAAAUUGACUUGCUGAUUGGAAUUCAGUUGUUUUUCAAAUUAUUGCUGCCAGGUCAAGUCAAGAUGGCUGAUGAACUUCCAAUCCUCCAAGAAACUCGGCUUGGAUGGGUUGUUGCUGGUUCUAUCGAAGAGUCUCAUGUUGCACAACAUUGUUACUCUGUGGGUCUGCAAAGUCUUGCUGAAUCUAUGGAAAAGUUUUGGUCGAUUGAAUCCGUGGAUUCAUGUAAUCCUCUCACCAAUGAAGAACAGUUGUGCGAAGAAAUUUUCUGCUCCACAACCCAUCGCGACCAGAAUGGUCGUUACAUUGUUCAGUUGCCCCUGAAAGAUUCUAUUCAUCGGGUAGAAGACAAUCGUUCGAUUGCUCUUCGUCGAUUCUUCAUGCUGGAACAACGGUUCCUGAAAAACCCUGAGCUGAAAAAACAAUAUGCAGAGUUCAUCAAUGAGUACAAAUCCCUCGGUCACUGUAUUCAGAUUGAUGAGUCUCAAGAUCCUCCAAAGCUUUUGAAGUAUUAUGUCCCUCACCAUGCGGUUUUGAAGCCUACGAGCUCUUCAACGAAGCUCAGAGUUGUGUUUGAUGCUUCAUCGAAGGGUAAUGGACCUUCCCUGAAUGAUGCUUUGAUGAUCGGACCAGUGGUCCAAGAAGAUAUCUUAACGAUUAACCUGCGUUUUCAGAAUGAGGAAUGUGGAGAAGCUGCCCACUGCAUUAACUGUGGAGGACCGCAUCGUCCGAACAAUCGCCAGUGCCCCGUUUACAAAAAGGAAACGGAUGUUAUCCGUAUCAAGGUCGAUCGCAAUCUUACUUACCCGGAAGCACGCAAGCAGGUUGAAGCAGGAGUGAGAAGCUACGCAGCAGCAGCAGCCCAGCCAAGUGCAGAUCGUCAAUAG